CUGCCAGGCCACGGGCCUGGGCGGGACGACGGGCGUGGGGCACGGCUCGGAGCAGAUCGAGAGCAUGGAGCCGGUGAGAGGCCGCGUCAUCAGGGUCACCUUCAACGCGGACGUGCACUCCAGCAUCCAGUGGAACUUCCAGCCCCAGCAGAGCGAGAUCUACGUGGUACCAGGAGAGACUGCACUGGCUUUUUAUAAAGCGAAAAAUCCUACUGACAAACCAAUAAUUGGAAUCUCUACCUACAAUGUAAUACCCUUUGAAGCAGGACAGUAUUUCAAUAAAAUACAAUGCUUUUGUUUUGAAGAACAGCGGCUAAAUCCUCAAGAGGAAGUGGACAUGCCUGUGUUUUUCUACAUUGAUCCAGAAUUUGUAGAGGACCCUAAAAUGGCAAAAGUUGAUUUGAUCACCCUCUCUUACACCUUUUUUGAAGCAAAGGAAGGACAGAAGUUAGCACUUCCUGGGUAUCAGUAAUGGGAAAUCUACACAGUUUGACUUCUGCUAGCUGGCUACCAGUUUUGAAACCAUUAUUCUAUAAAAUGAAAACUGCAGGAGUACAGUGCAAUAUGGAAUUAUAUUAUUAAACCACCCUGGGCACAUGUUGCUAUUACGAAAGGAUGUAUUUCUAUUUUUUAAUAAAAACUUAUGUAGUUGGAAUAUUAUUUUUUUAGGGAUAGUAUUUCUUUAUCAGACAACAGAAGGGAACAUACUGUUCCUGGGAGAGGGUUUUCUCAAGCCAUCUUUUUGUAAGAUACACGUCAUCUGAAUACCGUGAGGCAAAUUUUUAAACCUACGUGGAAACUGUGAUCUUCAUUUAAACAGAGGAACAAAUCAGUUUAUUAAGCACCUAAAAUAGCAUUGCUGGCUCUGAAACAUAACUCCCAUGUAAAUUACUUUUAUAAAAAGGUAGAGCCAGGUAAUCUGUUAAUGAAGUCUCAAAACUAAACAACAUUGGACUGUACUGCUGUGUAACCUUCCCAUAGCACAGGAGGAUCUGAUGAUUCAGAAGAUGAUGCACCUUAAAUUAUUACUGUAUCAGUAGUUCAUUUGGUAAGAGCAGACUGCUCCACAACUGUUACCAUGUGAAUGAGGAACAGUAAUUUAAAUGUAAGCACAUCAAAUCUGUGGUGUGGUUUCCAUUUAGAAAUACCAUCUUCAAAUUUCCAUGUUGUGUUCCACUCAUUUAGAACACAUGUGCCACUAAUGACUGCUCUUUCACUUUGCAGAGGGCUGCAACAGAGACAAGCUCAGCUUAUGUAUGAAAUGCUUUGAAGGGGAAGGCAGUACAGAAACAGCUGCUCCUAAUUGCAGGCUGAAUUAAUGGCAUAGGAGCCUCCUCAAGAACCAAAAGGAAAUCAACUUAAUUCAAAGGUUAAGUCCAACAAAGCCUGCCCAGCAGCAUAUCAGUCGCUCAGAGGUACUCCUAGGUACUCUGCCAUCAGGACACAUAAGCCUGUAUUUAUGUAACUUCUGGUCAUUAUCUGUGGGGUAGGGAUAAUAACACUUUAUAGGUUUGCAAAUAAGGAGUGAGUUGCAGAGCAAGUUUAAGCAACCUACUCAUUUUCAGACAGGAAUUAAUCUCAGCCCAGUAUCUCAUCUGCUAGGCCAGUUCUACCCCCUUCAGCAGAUGAGAUCUAACAAAGACUAAAGUUCAUUUGUUUGGACUCUAAAAAAAGUAAGAGGCAUAUCAGAAAUGACUGUUGACUUUAGUCUCAAUUAUGUUUACAUACAGUCAUUUUAAAAGUGUUUUUGAAAAUAAAUGGAUGCUCCCUUUAAAAUGCAUUACUGCACCAAUUAUAUGUUAUUUAAAUAGAUUCUGGAUGACAUU